CUGCAUCUCUCUUACUUGUGUUGUGUGUGUCCAUUCUCUUCCAUUCGCUUCGCUAGCUUUACACAGUCCCCCGUAGCAGGCUAGCAGAAGCAGAUCGAUGGCGCUCUCUCGCCGCAUGGCCGCGUCCGCCCUCCUCAUGCUGGUCCUCCUCGUCGCCACAGAGAUGGGGACGCCGACGAUGAAGGCGGCGGAGGCGCGGGACUGCCUGUCGCAGAGCCACAAGUUCAAGGGCUCAUGCCUCAGCAGCAGCAACUGCGCCAGCAUCUGCCGCACCGAGAACUUCCCCGGCGGCGAGUGCAAGCUGGAGUCCUUCGCGCGCAAGUGCUUCUGCAAGAGGGUCUGCUAGCUGGCCCUGCUUGGGCUGGCAGGCGCCGCGACGUCUUAUGAUAGCUUGUAAGACAAUAGGCUUUGGGGGGAACCGGCACAACCCUUUAGGGGUGGCCUAUCACAUAUAUAUAUAAUAAGGUGGUAUACAACGUUACAAUAUACACAUGUAAAUAUAGUCUAACACCCUCCCUCAAUCUUAGCCACUUUCUAAUGAAUCUAGAAGGGUAAGAUUGCGCCUGCAAGUCUCAAACUGUGGCAAAGGCAAUGGUUUGGUGAA